AUGCAGCGGUCCUUCAGCUCUGGCCUCAGCCUCACCACGCUCACCACCACCAAGCCCAGGAAGCCCCCCGACGGAGAGGCCGUGGGCACGCCCAGGAAGACCAGCGUUUGCCGCCUGCGCUUGACCCUCCCCCCGGAAGAAGGCUCACCUUCCCAGGAAGAGAAAAACAAGGCGGAAAAGGCAAAGAAUCAGCUCCGCCAUGUCCCCAAUGGCUUGUCUUCUGGAAACGUCCUUCACGGCGUGGUGUAUGGCGUGGUGCGCAGGUCCGACGACAACCACAACAAAGAAAUGGUGGUGUAUGGAUGGUCACCUCAUCAGCUGAGAGAAGAGAUGCAAUAUAUAAGAGAUGUAAGAUUGACUCUGGAAAAAGUAAGAAAGAAAAUGUACGGCGAGUACGAUGACAUGAAACGCAAGAUCCAAGAGCUUACGAACGAACUGGCAGCAUCGGGGGCUCAACAGGGAUCUCUGCAAAACAGCCUGCAAGUCCACUCGACCGCUCUGGACAGCUUCAGCGACAUGAACAGCUCCUUGACCUCGGCCUCCAUUGAGUUGCAGAGGACCUUGGUCGAUGUCACUUUGGAGAACACGCUCAUCCGCGACCAGAUCAAAAGCCUGAAGCAAACCCAUGAGCAGUCCAUGGAAAGGCUGAAGGAAAAGCAGAAGCAGCUGGAGAAGGCCAGAGUCGAAAACGAGGUGCUCAAACUCAAGGUGGAAUGUUCUCAAGAGGCCAACGCAGACGUCAUGAGAGAGAUGACCCGGAAGCUGUACAGUCAAUACGAGGAAAAGCUCCGGGAGGAAGAGAAGAAGCAUCAGCUGGAGAAAGAAACCCUCAUUGCUGAAACCAACAGACUUCUUUCAGCGAUUGAAGAUGCAAACCGGAGUAUGAAACUCUCAGAAACCAGUUUGCAAGAAAAAGACCAACGAAUAGGCGAGCUGGAUCAGUUCAUUCAACGCAUGGAAGAGGAACGUCAUCACCUGCAGAAACAACUCAUAGAGUAUGAACUACAGCUCCAUGGAGCAAGUCUUUCCAGCCAGCCACGCAGGCGGAGGUCACAUGAACUGGAGGAAGCCACGUCCAGCUUGCGGGAGCGCAUCCAGCACCUCGACGACAUGGUCCUUUGCCAGCAGAAGAAGGUCAAGCACAUGGUGGAGGAGAUUGAGCUGCAAAAGAGGAAGAUGCAACAAAAGGAACUGUUUAUAGUCCAGCUUUUGGAGAAAAUCUCUUUCCUCGAAGGAGAGAAUAAAGAGCUGCAGGACCGUUUAGAUUACCUGAUGGAGACCCAAUCGAGGCCCGACGUGGAAACCAGGGACGUGGCUGUUGGGGGCGACCUUCCUUUGAGGAAAUUUGUAUCCCGGCUUCCGGAUAAAGGGAAAAAGAUCUCCGAUUUUGCCGAGAGGCUGAGGGCAGCCAUUGCGGACGAGGAGGAGCGGGAGAGAACCUCUGGGCUUUUGAAGGCAGUGCGGCUGGAGUUCCAGAAAACACAAGAGGCCAUUGAAGCCACAAAAGAGGACGUUAAUGCCCGCCAUAACCCCUCCAGAUACGAAGAUGCUGAGGACAGUGGCAUUGAAGCCCAGAAAAGGGCUUGGGCUCAAGAAAGAAGCAUUGCAAGCACACCUGAGCUGUUAGCACGGACUGCCGGAGUCUCCAAACUACCUCAAGAGAACACGUUGCAGAGACCUGAGACCAGUCGGACUUUAAGUGAUGCCUUCGAAAGACUUUCUGUUGCGGAUGGAAAGAUACAGAAGGCCGAAAGCAAUGUCAAUUCUUUCCGAAACCUUCCAAACAUGCCACCCAAAACCCCACCUUACAUUGAAGUCCUAGAAGAGAGAGCAAAGAACUCUGUGGCAACGAGGAGGAGCAGGUUCAAAACCAAUGCGUUGCCAGCAGAGUCCAGUGGAUCAUCCCAUGGCUCGCCAAGUAUUUCUUCACCCGGAGGAAGUCUCUCUUCUUCUUCGCUGUCUGCAGAGGAAAGGCGCCGCAGGGACAGGCAGCACUUGGAUGAUGUCACCGCGGCCCGGUUGCCCCCUUUGCACCACCAGCCCUCCCAGUUAAUCCCCAUCGGAGACUCCAUCGCCAUUCAGAUCCAGCAGAAGGAACAGUAUGAGGAAAUACAGGCCAAGCUGGCGGCCCAAAGGCUGGGCAUCAAGGUGGGCCGCUACGAGCCGGAAGGAGGGGCGGCUGUUUACCGGGAAGCCCGGGACGAGGAGGAGGAGGAGGAGGAGGGCUACAGCUCUGCUGGGGACUGAAACUGGAGCGGACUCUGCGUCUAGAGGUGUGUGUCUUCCCUCUCUGCCCCUCUGCCCAUCUCUUGACGCUCCUCCUCUGAAAGGUGGGCCCUUUGGGAUAUCUUUGGCUGGACUUAAUGGAGAGGACCUCCUUCCUCCGCAAGAUCUGGAAAGGCGGGUGGACAAGUGCAGGAGGCGGACCCAUCUACACUUUCUAUUAAACUCUUUGUGCUCUUC